AUGGCCAAAGUCGGAGAGGGCUUUCAGAUUGGUUUGAGCUGGAUUCCUAUCCAUGAACAGGGCAUUCCUCAUGGCGCCAUUAAGGUCGAUGAUGGCAUCUUCGUGGCAAGAGGAGAAGUGAAUGGUGAAAAGAUUCCUGGCAAAUAUCUAACCCGGUACCGGAAAUGCUACGUGCCGUAUGGAGGGAAGGAGCAUGAACUCCAAAAAUGUGACAUCCUCUGCGACACCAGCUUCGCUUGCGAUGGCUCAUGCUACACUUGGAUGGCAAAUACUGGCGGGGACGUACCCAAACAUGCAAUCAUCGCCGGAUUGGCAAGUGAUGGUGAACCCCUUUUCGUUUGCAAGGCGCCAGUGAAGGGAGAAUUGUGUGUAGGAAAGGUUCACAAGGGACAUUCGUCAGCCUAUGUUCCCUACGGCGGAGAGGAGCACUCGGUCAGCAAGUACGAAGUUCUUGUUUUGAGAAAAAAGUGA